ACAAACAGCAGCACAUGACGUCAGUUACCGUAGCGCUCACUGUUGCGGGAAAAGCUGUUGACCGAUGACUGGACAUUUACAUCAGAUGAAAUAGCUGGGUUUCGAAAGCGAAACGUCAAAUCAACGGGGUUUUGCAGUGGCUAAUAUAUUACACUGUUUAAGAAGGGCCGCCAGUGAGAGAAACAGACCAUGUCUCAGGACAAGAACAGCUACCCUGGGGUCAUGGGGGAGAACAACCCCCUCCACAACAACGUCUACGGACCGCCCCAGCCCGGGUUCGGGAUAGCCCCUCCCAACUACACCCCGGCUCCAGUGCAAGCUCCAUACCCUGGCCAGCCUACACCCUAUGGUCAACCUGCACCCUAUGGUCAACCUGCACCCUAUGGUCAGCCUGGGUUUCCCCAGGGAGGCCCUGGGUUUGGACAGGGACCCUACCCUCAGAUGCCCUAUCCCCAGGGCCCCUACCCCACAGUGCCCUACCAGCAACCUGCACAGCCAGGGUUCCCUGGUGACCCCAACACUUCCGUGGGUGAUGGUUACCAUGGGGACGUGCCGCCGUCUUACUACGACAACGAGGAGUUUACCAACUCUGGCUUUGAGGACAAGAGCAUCCGACAGGCGUUCAUCAGAAAGGUGUUCCUGGUGCUGACCGUUCAGCUGAUGGUCACCUUCUCCUUCGUGGCCGUCUUUACCUUUGUGGACGAUGCCAAGUUGUUUGUGCGGCGUAACCCCUGGACGUACUACGUGUCCUACGCCAUCUUCUUUGUGUCUCUCAUCACCCUCAGCUGCUGUGGAGAGUUCCGUCGCAAACACCCCUGGAACCUGAUGGCAUUGUCCAUCCUGACCCUGAGUCUGUCCUACAUGGUGGGGAUGAUCGCCAGCUUCUACGACACGGAGACUGUUAUCAUGGCUGUGGGCAUCACCGCUGUGGUCUGCUUCACCGUGGUCCUCUUCUCACUACAGAGCAAGUAUGACUUCACUUCCUGCCGCGGCGUUCUGUUUGUGUGUUUGAUCGUCCUGCUGCUCUUCUCCAUCCUCUGCAUCUUCAUCCGCCACAGGAUCCUCCACAUUGUCUACGCCUCCCUGGGAGCCCUGCUCUUCACCUGCUUCUUGGCUGUGGACACCCAGCUCCUCCUGGGCAACAAAAAGCUGGCUCUGAGUCCAGAGGAGUACAUCUUUGCUGCUCUCAACCUCUACACAGACAUCAUCAACAUCUUCCUCUACAUCCUGGCUAUCGUGGGCCGUUCCCGUGAGUGAUGGAGCGUCGCCCUCUAGAGGAAAGGGAGAGGAAGGCAGCCAGAAGGAUUGAAUGAUGCUCUUUUCCCCUCGCUAUCUUUUUGCAUGAUCUGUUCCACUUUUUGAGGUUCCCUCCAAUUUGUCUGUUACACCUCCCCGCCAUCAUCCCACCCCCUUCAGGAGACGAAUUGGGUGACAGAAAAAAGGGUUCUGUCACCUAUUGCAGCAGGCCUGCCAUAGAGUGCAGCAAAGAAGGGCACAUUUUUGAAGUAAUUUAUUUGAAGUUCUAUUUAAGUAUGUUGUAAAUUAUUCCAUCUUUUUUUCAACAUUCCUUGUUUGUUUUUAUGCAUUCUGCUUGUUCGGUCCUCCUUGGCAAUCUGCUUCUACUUACAGAGAUAUGGUAGCUAACUAGUAAAUCACUUCUGAACAACAUUAGCUGAACAAGUUCUAUAGAACUUUCCUGUCCUCUGUGAUUUUGGCGCUCUUCCUUGCCUUGUAAAUUAAGCACUGUAGAGAGAGCGAGUGAUAUGCUAUCUGAUAGAGAAAGCCACGCUGUGAUGCAGGCCAGCGCUUUUUAAGGAAGAAACCUAGAAACAACACCUUUCCUGCUAUAUUCUCCCCCUCUGGUGUUCCCUUGUUUUCCUGCCAAUGUAAAUUAACUCUGCAUGGCACCUGAAACAGCUGAGAUAAGCUGAAUAGAUGAAUAAAAACCCUCCAGAGGGAUACCUCUCCUAGCCUGCUUGUUACGUAGCUGUGUACAUAGUUCUGUG